GGGCGGGGCCGCCCGAGGAUGACAAAGCAGCGGCCGGCGGCGCGGGACCCGCCCCCCGCGCUCGGCGGGUGCGUCGGCCGCCCCGGCGCGGCUGUUAUGGAAACCGGCCGGGCGCGCAGGAGGCGAUAAUGGGGCGGCCAUGGCCCGGGCCGGCAGCUCCGGCGGCGACGCGGCCGCUGGGGAGCGGGCCGGGGGCGCGGGGCGGCCCGAGCCGUGGGAGCUGUCCCUGGAGGAGGUGCUGAAGGCGUACGAGCAGCCCAUCAACGAGGAGCAGGCGUGGGCCGUGUGCUUCCAGGGCUGCCGCGGGCUGCGGGGCGCGCCGGGCGGCGGGCGGCGCAUCCGGGACACGGCGGACAUCCUCCUGCGCCGGGACGGCUCGGUCAGCGCGCGGCGGGAGCCCGGCGCCGCGGAGUCCACAACGAUGGUGUUGUCACCAACCAGCUCAGAAGCCCAGAUGGUGCAGUCACUGGGCUUUGCCAUUUACCGUGCGCUGGACUGGGGUCUGGACGACAGCGAGGAGAGAGAGCUCAGCCCGCAGCUGGAGCGGCUCAUCGACCUCAUGGCCAACAAUGACUGUGAGGACAGCAGCUGUGGGGCUGCCGAUGAGGGCUAUGGGGGCCCGGAGGAGGAAGAGGAGGCCGAGGGCGGCCCUCGCGCUGUGCGCACCUUUGCCCAGGCCAUGCGGCUCUGCGCGGCCCGCCUGACCGACCCCCGGGGCGCGCAGGCCCACUACCAGGCCGUGUGCCGGGCGCUCUUCGUGGAGACACUGGAGCUGCGGGCCUUCCUCGUCAGGGUCCGUGAGGCCAAGGAGAUGCUGCAGAAGCUUCGGGAGGAUGAGCUGCAGGCAGAGAAGCCCCUGGCAGAGCUUGACAACCUGGGACACACGGACUGGGCCCGACUCUGGGUGCAACUCAUGAGGGAGCUCCGCCAUGGGGUGAAGCUCAAGAAGGUGCAGGAGCAGGAAUUCAACCCCUUGCCCACUGAGUUCCAGCUUACCCCCUUCGAGAUGCUGAUGCAGGACAUCCGCGCCAGGAACUACAAACUACGCAAGGUCAUGGUCGAUGGAGACAUCCCUCCCCGGGUGAAGAAGGAUGCCCAUGAACUCAUCCUAGACUUCAUCCGCUCCCGGCCUCCACUGAAACAGGUCUCCGAGAGAAGGCUUCGCCCCUUACCGCAAAAGCAGAGAACCCUGCACGAGAAGAUCCUGGAGGAGAUCAAGCAGGAGCGGAGGCUGCGCCCGGUGGGGGGCGAGCACUGGGGUGGCCGGGGGUUUGGCUCUCUGCCCUGCAUUCUCAAUGCCUGUUCAGGGGACACCAAAUCCACUUCUUGCAUCAACCUGUCCAUCACGGAUGCCGGGAACAACACGCAGCGCCCACGGCCCCGGGUCCUGCUCAAGGCACCCACCUUGGCUGAGAUGGAGGAGAUGAACACAUCUGAGGAGGAAGAGUCUCCAUGUGGGGAGGUGACACUGAAGCGGGACCGCUCUUUCUCAGAGCAUGAUCUGAUCCAGCUCCGGAGUGAAGUGGCCUCUAGCCUGCAGCCAGCCACUCAGCCCCAAGGAGGGUUGGAAUCAUCCCGGCCCCGUGCAGGCAGCAUGCACACUUGGAGGCCAAGCGCCCAGGAGCAAGGUCCCUUCCCGGUGAGCGUCCAGGCCCAGCCUGACCCCAGCUCCCUACCACACAGUGACCUGGGCUCAGCAGAGGACCAGCCAGAGGCUUCUGCAGCCCCAGACACCCAUCACCUGUGGCUGGAGUUCAGCCACCCUGUGGAGAGCCUCGCUCUGACUGUGGAGGAGGUGAUGGACGUGCGCCGUGUGCUGGUGAAGGCCGAGAUGGAGAAGUUCCUGCAGAACAAGGAGCUCGUCAGCAGUCUAAGGAAGGGGAAGAUUUGUUGCUGCUGCCGAACCAAGUUCUCGCUGUUCUCCUGGCCACCCACCUGUCUCUUUUGCAAGAGGGCUGUCUGCACUUCCUGCAGCAUAAAGAUGAAGAUGCCUUCUAAGAAGUUUGCGCACAUUCCCGUCUACGCGCUGGGCUUUGAGAGUCCUCGGAGGGUGUCAACUGCCAGAACUACACCGACCCAGAAAAGAGACGCCUUCCAGUGUGUUCCUCUGCCCUUUGCUGAUCCCUGCAGGGGCCCCAGUGGCAGAGUGUGGAGGAGGCAUUCCCGCACAUCUACACCCACGGCUGCGUCCUCAGGGAUGUGUGCAGCGACUGCACCAGCUUCGUGGCGGACGUGGUGCGCUCUAGCCGCAGGAGUGUGGAUGCCCUCCACACCACGCCUCGCCGUACCCGCCAAACCCAGUCCCUCUACAUCCCUAACACCGGGACUCUCAACUUCAAGUGACGGCUCUCAGCCUUCCUGGGCCACCUAGCCAGAGGCUUUUCAAGGUGGCCAGGCUUCUGGAGAGGAGCCAGGCUAGUCCUGCCCCCUGGCUAAGAAACUCCCCAUCCUGGGGCACAGCUGCUGGCCUGCCCUCCUGAGUGUGCAUGUACAUAUAUACAUAUAUAGAUACAUUUAUAUGAUAUAUACACACAGCCUAUAUAUUUAUAUACAUUUCCUGGCCCCAGAGUUUAUUUGGGGUCAGGCUCACUUCAGGACCCUCCCCGGGGGAGGCUGUUUGCUUUUGGGAGUCCUUGGCUGGGGGUAGGGGAUGGCACUGGAGUAGGUUUUCUCACUCAGGAAGAAGGGCAGGUUGGAGAUACAACAGUGGAUUCCAGAUGAUAGGGCUUUGGGAAGACCCCCACCCCCGUGUUGGUUCUCUUCUCCAUCCUGAGGAUGAGAACACAGCAGCUUCCCCUCCCUGGGUAGAUGUCCAGGCUGGGACAGGAUGCUUUGGUCCCCAGAUAGACAGGAGCAUUCUGAGCGGAACCUGGCCUGCAGAGGCAGCCGGGAAGACCAGGAGUGGGCAGAUACUUUCCUAGCGGCAUCAUGCCCUUCCAAUUGGAAGGUUCAAGGCCAAGCUCCCUCCUUGCCCCCUGCCCAGCUUCCAUGCCCCAGCCAUCCUCACAGACUCAGAGGUCCAGAGAUGGUGCUGGUUCCAGGGCCCUGGUGAUGCUGGUGAUCCUGGUGCAGGGAGGAACUCUGUAAAUUUGUACACACAGCUGCUCUUGGCCUAAUAAAGGUGGUCUCACAGUCUUUUG